GGCUCAUUAAUUAAACACUCACACUCAUCAUUCACAAACAUUUCAACCGAGAAUUAAUGGCAACCAUGUUAUGGAAGUCUCUGCUCUUCCCCCUCAUAUUUGCUUUGGCCAUAGCCCCAGUGCCAGUACCGUCACAUGCACUCAGCCCUAGGCAAAGCCAACCUUCUAUUACUAUAGCCCCCACAGCUACUGAAAUCCAGUAUCAUGGAGGCCCUCUCUUAACCACACCAAAUACCGUCAAUAUCUACCUCAUAUGGUAUGGAGCGUUCUCUCGAAACGACCAAACCUCAGUAACCGAUUUCUUAGCUUCCUUUACUCUUUCCAAUGGCCUUGUGCCCCACCAACCCACUGUGGCAACAUGGUGGAAAACGAUCGAGACAUACAAAGACAAGGCUGGGAACUCAGUCUCGAGAACUGUCAAACUUGUUAAACAAAUUGGUGACAUCUACUCUUUAGGUAAGAACAUUAAGCGUGUCCAGAUAGCAAACUAUGUCAGAAACAAGAUAGAGACCAAAGUAUUACCAUUAGACUCUACUGGGAUAUACUUGGUUUUAACUGCUAAAGACGUGAUAGUAGAGAGGUUUUGCAUGGGAUCCUGCGGUUUUCAUAACAGUAUCUCGUUGUCUCAUGCAAAGAGUAGGAUAAUAUAUGCACAUGUAGGAAACCCGUCGGUGCAGUGCCCUGGAUUCUGUGCAUGGCCUUUUUCACUUCCAGCAUACGGUCCUCCAGGCCGGGCCCUUGUGGCUCCUAAUGGUGUUGGGUCCGAUGGUAUGGUUAUGAACAUUGCAACAAUUCUUGCAGGAGCUGCCACUAACCCUUUCAACAAUGGGUAUUUUCAAGGAGACCCCUUGGCUCCACUGGAGGCUGUUUCGGCAUGUCCAGGGAUAUUUGGUGAAGGUGCUUAUCCAGGGUAUCCUGGAAAUUUGAAGGUGGAUAGACUCAGCAAGGCAAGUUAUAAUGCUUACGGCGUUAAUGGCAGGAAAUUUCUCCUUCCGGCUAUAUGGGACCUGACUAGCUCGAAGUGCAGGGUUAUCCUUUAACGCAAGGAUUAAUUCUUGCAUUUAUGGACGUUGGACGAAUUGUUAAAGGCAGACUUUGACAACAGUAGUACUGUAUUGUAUCUAUAGUAACUUCGAUUUACUUCAUCAGAUUACAUGUAUAACAUAAUACCAAGUCCCCAAAAAUAUUAAGCAUAUACAAAUAUAUAUAUAUAUAUAUAUAUAUAUUACUUGUGGAGUAUAAGUUUUAAAAGGAAAAUAAUAAAUUGGUGCUAUAUAUAUCGCAUGUUCUGGAAA